AUGGACGCCAAAAUAAAUCAAAAAUACUGCGGGUCCAACCAAUGUAAAUUUCUAUUUGCUUAUCAUGUACCGGAACAAGAAACUUCGGCUAAUGCACAUUUCUUUACAUUUAUACAAUUGGCGGAAAUGCUAAACCGUACGAUCGUAUUAGUUAAUGUACAACAUUCAAGGUUGGAAUCCUGUAGAAAAUUUCCAUUCAAUUUUUAUUACAACGUAGACGCAAUCAUGAAAAUGUUUCCAAAUGUUAAAUUUAUUACGCAGCAAUCUUUCCUUGAUUGGACGCGAGAACAUGAUUUAAUAAUUAAUAAAACAACAUUUAAUAUUGGAUCAAAAUAUGCUUGGAAAGAAAGAAAUAAUAAUAGGUUAAUGAUCAAAAAUUUAACGAGAUCAUUUAAUUUAGAUGACGAAGUUUUAUUAAUCAGACAUCAGAUUCCCACACCCUUGUUUCCAUCAAAGGGCCAAGUUAUACCUUUACCUUAUGCUAACCAUCUCAUUGAAGCGGCAAACAAUGCCACCAAUCAAUUAAAACCUUUUAUAGCAAUUCAUUGGAGAAUGGAAACCAGUAAACCGGAAAUGAUGCCGAUUUGUGUUAAAAGUUUAAUCAAAUACAUCAACAAAUUGCAGAAGAAUAUUGGUAUUUAUAAAAUAUAUUUAGCGACAGAUUAUCCGUUAGUGAAUGCAAAAGCUCAAUCAUCAACAUUUCAUAUCAUAUCUGAACAACAUCAUGAUGCGAUUAAAUUAUUAAACAGCACAUUUACUUUAAAUACUUGGGUAUCAAUGAAAACAUUGGAUGUCCUUAUUAAUAAAUUUCCCGAAUAUAAAAAAGAAAUUAAUGAAGAAUUUAGAGGUUCUGGAUUACAAGGGAUAUUUGAUAAAUUAGUUAUGUCGAAUUCGAGUUAUUUUAUUUCUGGACCUAAAGGUUGUGGUUAUAUAACAUCGAAAUUUUCAAAAAAAAUUAGUGAAAUAAGAAGAUUAAUGCAAAGUAAAGACAAAAAUAUUUUGAAUGACAUUACACGUUGGCCUUUAGAUAAAGAUUAA